UUGUGCGAAGCUGGGACAUUAAUCCGUAUCGAUUUUCCGCCACGAAUAGAACUCGAAGUCAACAGAUACACAAAGUCGCUUUAUUGCUUGGGCAAAUAGUAAACAGAACGUGAGCUCGGCAAUGAAAUCGCCGAUUGGGGAAAAUAGCAUCGUGUCUGAUGAUAUUAGGGUCAUUUCGACUCCCAAAAGGCGGAAGGCGAAGGACAGUAACAAUCAUCAUGUGGUGCCCCUAGGGAUUUUGGUGGUGCUCUGCACCGUCUAUAUCAUGGCUGCAGGUUUGCAGCGCAAUUACAGAUACUAUUUCAGGUCGGGUGUGGCGGCUUUUGACCUGCCCCAAACUGAGUCCGAGGAACCCCAACUAGAAGCCAUCGAUAUGGAUGAUGAGCACCACGAGGAGGCCUGCCAAAGAAUAGAUAUAUUUGGCGGGGAUGCUGAUGGAAAUAAAUCAGAGAACCAGAUUUCUAAGCGCCCUCAGGCCAAGAUCAGCAAGCGGACUAGAACUGGACCAGGCAGCAAGCAUCCCCGAGCGCCAAAGAGUCUGGAGAUCAGCCGAAAGAAGGAGGUGGCCAAGAAGAGCAACACGGCAGAGCCCAUCAUAUAUCUGUUCGCCCUGGUUUUCAUUUAUCUUCUUCUGAAGGCCGCCUCGGACAUCAAUCAGCACUACAAAUCGCAGAACAAGGGCGACAAGCGGCUGAGGAGGUGCUCCCUGCAGUCGUAUGCACAAAUCCACAAGCAAGACCGGCGGGCAUCAAAAGUUGAGGAAUCUGCCAUCUUCCGGCGAAGGCAUAUUCUGGGCGAAGUGCGCUCCGUAUCGGUGGACCGCUAUAGGAAUACCCAGAACUCGGAUCCAGUUGGACAUGGCGUUGUGUCAUCCGGUUCCGACAACCAGCACAGGGUUCCGUCGCCGUUGGUCGGCCGACAGGGCAGCCAUCAGCAUCCUUUAAGGCCGAGCACUGGAGAUGUUCGCUUUGAGCCGGGCAUGAGCCGCCGAUCGUCGGUGCCAAUUACCAUAAACUAUCAGACCGUUUACGUGUCGAGCCCCCAUCCUUCCGAGCUGUCGAGACGAGGCUCCGUGAUCAGCCUGACAGGACAGACUCCAGAUGCCAAUCAAGCCAUGCCAGCAACUGGAACAGAUCCCAAGCGACGCGUCCGCAUGAUUAAUCGCCAUUAAGAGAACACAAUCUGAAAGAGCUUUGAAUACCAGAUACUACCAGGCCAAACCCAUCGAAACUGCUGAGA